AUGAAGAGUUCCUGGGAUGGCUCGCACAGAAGUUUGGGAAGUGGCCAAGAAGGUCCUUGGGCCCCAACCCGGGCGCAGCCCGAGGCCCGGCGCGGGGGCGGCAGAAGCGGGGGCUUUCUCUGGCCGAGGCAUUCCCGAAGCUCAAGGCGAGGUGCCGGGGGGCACAAGGCCGGGGACCAAGGAGGGGGCCGGUGGUGCCAGCAGACCCCCUGGAGACGGACCACCCUCGCCCCUCCCACGGGCCCGAUGGGGGGUGUGGUCGGCCUGACGAUUCUUCCAGAAGUAAGAAGGAGUGCGGCCCCAGAAGGCAACACAAAAAGCCCUCGGCGACUUGGAGAACGUGGGUACCUGCAUCUUCGGGGGGAGGGGGCCGGAAUGGCGGGCCAUCGCUUCAAGACCGGGAAGGUGGGCCCCCUCCCCGACGGCGAAAUCCAGAAGCUGGGCCCCGCCGCCCCCCCAGCCUGGCCCCAGCCCUCGCGGCCCCCAGCAACCCCCUGGGCGUGGGACCCCCGCUUUGGGGGUUUCGGGGGCCCCGUAGAUGCGAAAAGAAGGGGACAGAAAUGGGGCUCAGGCUGGAGGCUGGGUCUUGUGGGACAGGAGGGCCCGGCCCCUCCUUCGAGCUGGACUGUGCCCACAGGGCUGGGCCUGAGAAAUGACCAGGACGGGCUGGGCCCAGGACCCGACCUCCCGUCCCCAGGGCUCCAAGCAUCUCAGAGAUGCUGGGGCAGCCGCAAGGGAGGCGGCCCCUUCCCCCGGCCCACAGGGAACCGGAGCGGGUCCUGCCCCACCACGGGGCCCUGGGCCCGGCUCCCAGAGGCUCCUAGUGAAGGGGCAACCGGGCUGGGCCCCUGGGAGAUGGGUACCGGGGACUUUGGCUCACUGACGGCCAAGCCGGCUUGUACAACCAACCCUGGGCCCGGGCUCCUCCCCAGGGACCUGUGGGCCCUCCCAGAGGCUCCCGCCACCUUCACGUCCCUGUCCCCUCAACCCCGGAGCCAGGCUGCUGACCCACCCCUGCCUCCCUCUUGGCGCACCGACCUUGGCUGGGAAGGAGCCCCUGAGAGGGCCGGCUCCGAGGGAAGUGGGGCUGUCCCCGCCUCUCCCACCAGCUUUGUGACCUAUGUGUCUCUCCCCAGGAACGGAUUGCCCACAGAUAAACCAGCUGUCACCGAAGAUGUAAAUAUUUACCAGAAAUAUAUUGCCAGGUUCUCUGGCAGUCAGCACUGCGGCCACAUACACUGUGCAUACCAGUACCGGGAACACUACCACUGCCUGGACCCCGAGUGCAACUAUCAGAGAUUCACCAGUAAGCAGGACGUGAUCCGUCACUACAACAUGCACAAGAAGAGGGACAACUCCCUGCAGCACGGCUUCAUGCGCUUCAGCCCCCUGGACGACUGCAGUGUCUACUACCAUGGCUGCCACCUCAACGGCAAGAGCACGCACUACCACUGCAUGCAGGUGGGCUGCAACAAGGUCUACACGAGCACCUCAGACGUCAUGACCCACGAGAACUUCCACAAAAAGAACACUCAGCUCAUCAAUGAUGGCUUCCAGCGCUUCCGGGCCACGGAGGACUGCGGCACUGUGGACUGCCAGUUUUACGGGCAGAAAACCACUCACUUCCACUGCAGGCGCCCCGGGUGCACGUUCACGUUCAAGAACAAGUGUGACAUCGAGAAGCACAAGAGCUACCACAUCAAGGACGACGCGUACGCCAAGGACGGCUUCAAGAAGUUCUACAAGUACGAGGAGUGCAAGUACGAGGGCUGCGUGUACAGCAAGGCCACCAACCACUUCCACUGCAUCCGCGCCGGCUGCGGCUUCACCUUCACCUCCACCAGCCAGAUGACGUCGCACAAGCGCAAGCACGAGCGCCGCCACAUCCGCUCCUCGGGCGUGCUGGGCCUGCCCGCCUCGCUGCUGGGCGCCAAGGACAACGAGCACGAGGAGUCCAGCAACGACGACCUGGUGGACUUCUCGGCCAUGAGCAGCAAGAACUCGAGCCUCAGCGCCUCGCCCACCAGCCAGCAGUCGUGCGCCUCCCUGGCGGCCCCGGCCGAGGCCCCCGCGGCCAAGCCCGCCGCCGCCGCCAAGAUGCCGGGGCUGCUGGGCCAGGCGCUGCCCGGGAGCCUGCCGCUGGCGCUGGCGCUCUCCAACUCGGCCAUGCCGCCCGCCGGGCCCUUCUUCCCCAUCCCUGCCGGGCCGCGUCAGCACCCGAUGCCCGUGGGCGCGGCCGGCCUGCUGGCGGGCGCCCGCCCGAGACGCAGACCCUCCCACCCGGCGGCGCCCGGCAGCGGCGGCCCCGCCGCCUGCACGUCGUCCCCGGCGCCCGCCGCCUCCAUCAUGGAGAGGAUCUCCGCCAGCAAGGGCCUCAUCUCCCCCAUGAUGGCCCGGCUGGCCGCCGCCGCGCUCAAGCCUUCCGCGGCCUUCGAAGCAGGGAAUGGGCAGCAGCCGCAGAUCCCCCCCGGACGGUUCCCCCCAGGCCAAGUGAAGCAGGACUCUGGUGAGACCCCCUCGACCUCCUCUUCCUCCGGCUCCCAGGAGGCCUUGCAGGAUCGCAGUCUGGACCUCAGCGUGAAGGAACCCAGCAAUGAAUCAAAUGGCCACACACUCGCAGCAAAUUCAUCUCUUUUAUCCUCGCUUAUGAAUAAGAUGUCCCAAGGCAACCCCAGCCUCGGAAGCCUGCUGAGCAUCAAGACGGAGGCAGAAGGCGGCUCUACCGGAGAGCCCGCUCCUUUCCUGGGAAAGGCUGUGAAGACCCUGGUCCAGGAGAAGUUAGCGGAGCCCUGGAAGGCGUACCUGCGCAGGUUCGGCACCAAGGACUUCUGCGACGCGCAGUGCGACUUCCUCCACAAGGUUCACUUCCACUGCGUGGUGGAGGAGUGCGGAGCCUUAUUCAGCACCCUGGACGGGGCCGUCAAACACGCCAAUUUCCACUUCCGAACGGAGGGAGGAGGAGCAGUAAAGGGGAGCACGGAAGCUUCCUUCCCCAACACGACCGCCACCGAGACCAAGGCUUCCAUGGCUCCGUCUUCACCUCCGGCACCCUCGGGCCCCAGCGUGGCUGCGGCAACCGCUUCGAGCCUAGAGGUGCCGGCCUCCAGCCCGGCCACGGUGCCCUCUGCCCCGACCCUCCUCGCCUGGAAGCAGCUGGCUUCCGCUGUCCCCCAGAUGCCUCCAAUUCCAUCCUCCAUGCCGGCUAUGGCCGCCUCGCCCUUGGCCACGACCUCUCUAGAAAACGCCAAGCCCCAAGUCAAACCCGGAUUCCUGCAGUUCCAGGAGAACGACCCCUGCCUCGCGAACGACUGCAAGUACGCCAACAAGUUCCACUUCCACUGUCUCUUUGGGAACUGCAAGUACGUCUGUAAGACCUCCGGCAAGGCCGAGUCGCACUGCCUGGACCACAUCAACCCCAGCAACAACCUGGUGAAUGUGCGAGACCAGUUUGCGUACUACUCCCUGCAGUGUCUCUGUCCAAACCAGCACUGUGAGUUCCGGAUGCGAGGGCACUACCAUUGCCUCCGGCCUGGGUGCUACUUUGUGACCAACAUCACAACCAAGUUGCCUUGGCACAUAAAGAAACACGAGAAGGCAGAACGCCGGGCAGCCAAUGGGUUCAAGUAUUUCACCAAACGCGAGGAGUGCGGGAGACUAGGCUGCAAGUACAACCAGGUCAACAGCCACUUCCACUGCAUCCGAGAGGGCUGCCAGUUCUCCUUCCUGCUCAAACACCAGAUGACGUCCCAUGCCCGGAAACACAUGCGGAGGAUGCUGGGGAAAAACUUUGACAGAGUUCCCACUCAGGGGCCGCAGAACGUGCUGGAUACGGAGACGGACGAGUACAUGGACUACACCGGCUGCAGUCCCGGCGCGCUCUCCUCUGAGUCCUCCAACAUGGACCGAAGCUGCUCCAGCACGCCCGUGGGCAACGAGAGCACCUCGGCAGGGAACACCAUCACCAUGCCGACGGCGUCCGGGGCCAAGAAGCGCUUCUGGAUCAUCGAGGACAUGUCCCCCUUCGGCAAGCGCCGCAAGACGGCGUCGUCCCGCAAGAUGCUGGACGAGGGCAUGAUGCUGGAGGGCUUCCGGCGCUACGACCUGUACGAGGACUGCCAGGACGCGGGCUGCCAGUUCUCGCUCAAGGUCACGCACUACCACUGCACGCGGGAGAACUGCGGCUACAAGUUCUGCGGGCGCACGCACAUGUACAAGCACGCGCAGCACCACGACCGCGUGGACAACCUGGUGCUGGACGACUUCAAGCGCUUCAAGUCCUCGCUGAGCUGCGACUUCGCCGAGUGCCCGUGGUCGGGCAGCAGCACGCACUUCCACUGCCUGCGCUGCGGCUUCCGCUGCACCGACAGCACCAAGGUCACGGCGCACCGCAAGCACCACGGCAAGCAGGACGUGAUCAGCGCCGCGGGCUUCUGCCAGUUCAGCUCCAGCGCCGACUGCGAGGUGCCCGACUGCAAGUACAAGCUCAAGUGCUCGCACUUCCACUGCACGGCGCCCGGCUGCAAGCACACCGUGGUGGGCAUGUCGCAGAUGGACUCCCACAAGCGCAAGCACGACAAGCAGGGCGGCAGGCGGGCCAGGCCGGCGCGGCGCCAGCGCAGCGGCAUGACAGGGGCCCCCCAGGCCUCGACAGCUCGCUCAGCCUGGCGCGCCAGUAGCGGGCGCCACCGCUCUUCUUCCUGCAGAAGCGCCGCGCAUUCCGGCCUCGCCGACUCCCUGGACCUGAGCAAGCAACCCCGAGGCCGGGCCGCGCCCGAGGCAGGCGGCCGCUGA